AUGACAGCCCCAGCAGCUGCAGCCCUUGAAACGGCCACCGCAGCAGCAGCAGCUCAAGGAGCCGCCGCCCCAGCAGCAGCCCCUGGGGCCGCCCCAGUAGCAGCAGCGCCGGGAGCAGCCGCCCCAGCAGCUGCUGCCUCUGGAGCGGCCACCCCAGCAGCAGCAGCUUGUGGAGCAGCCGCCUCGGCAGCAGCAGCCCCGGGAGCAGCCGCCCCAGCAGCAGCAGCCCCGGGAGCAGCCGCCCCAGCAGCAGCCACUGGAGCAGCCGCCCCAGCAGCAGCUGCCUCUGAAGCGGCCACCCCAGCAGCAGCAGCCCCUAGAGCCGCUGCUACUGCAGCAGCCACCCCACCAGCAGCAGCACGUGGAGCAGCAGCAGCAGCAGCCGCCCCAGCAGCAGCCCCAGCAGCGGCAGCCACUGGAGCAGCCGCACCAGCAGCAGCCGCCCCUGGCCCCUGCAGCAGCCGCUCAUGGACCAGGUGCAGCCGUGGGGGGUGA